AUGCUCCACAUCACCAACCGACUGAAGACCACUUACAUAUUGUUGUCCUCAGGGAGGUUCUGGUGGACAACUCAUCAUAUGGAUGGGCGUUCGCUUUACCAGAUUGAAUACUUUGAGACAGAGACAGGCCCCUUUCUCGAGGAGUGUUUUCACGAGGUAAUGGUCAUGGUGGACAUGGCCAGAAGGAAAGAGGAUGCUCAGAGCACCGGCCCGGCAGAUACGAAUCCUCGACCAUUACUUCCCUACCACAUUUCGGAAAUAGGGACGCCAUGGGAAUCAGCAACCCGGAUAAGGAGAAAGGAGCAGAGGUUGAAGAAUACCCUUCAAGGCCUGAACGCUCCCUAUAUUCGUGCAAAUACCUGA